AUGUCGGUGGAAAGUGGUGUCGGUGUCGUGUGCGGCUGCCUCCCAGGUUGCAAACCCCUCAUGAACAAGAUGUUCCCUCGCGUCUUCGGCAACACCUCCCAGUCGUCGUCCCGUCGUCGCCCAUCGACAAACUUCCUUUCAGGAAAGUUGUCGUCUUCUUCGGCAGCAAAGUCUGAGCAGGAAUCAUAUCGCAUGCAAACUCUCCAAUCCCGUCCCGAUAACCGACGCGGUGUAACCAUGGAAAAGCGAUCGCCGCCAGACGUUGAGAAGCAGCUACCUGCGCCUCCACAACCGUCGCACCAGGGUCUGCGCCCACCCAGCCGAACAACAUUCACCAGCAGGAGACAGGCUGAAGCGUACAGGGAGCUACAAGGCAAUGGGAGCGACUCGAGUAUAGAAAUCUUCCUUUUGCAGCGUAAUUAA